AUGGUAGAAAAUAAAUCAUUAAGAUUCAUUGUUGAUGAAGCUCACUGCAUUGAUAUGUGGGGACAAAACGGUCGACCAUCUUAUGCUAAGCUAGGGAAUUUAAAGCAGUUUGGUAGACCAAUUGCUGCCAUUUACAAGAACUGCAAGAAUCUAACAAAACAGAGGAUUGUGAAAAAUUUAGGGUUGGUUGAUCGAGGCUGUGGUUCAUCAAUCAAAAUGUAA